GCCCACUUCUUUCCCCUCUUCUCACUCUUUUCCUGAGACCACACACUGAACCAAAACACUCUUUUCACCUGGUUUUCGUAAUAUCAAAUGGAGCCAGACUCUGAAAAUUUGAUUUCCAUGAGAGAGGACGUUCUCCAUGUCAAACAUGAAGGCAACUUUGUCCCUUGUGAUCAAGAACCCAUUCAUAUCCCUGGCGCAAUCCAGCAUCAUGGAGCACUGAUCGCCCUAUCGCUAUCGAAUUUGAAGAUAGAAUAUCUCUCUGAUAAUACCCCAGAUUUGAUUGGUUUACCCCAUAUACAGCCUAAUCACCUCUUCGAAUUGAAAAGUUUCAAAAAGUUGCUUUCAGAUUAUCAACGUGAUAGAUUUUAUAAACAUAUAGAUGCGUUGCGAGAUGCCUCCAAGGUUGGACCCUCCAGUUUCGUACUGGAACUCGAUACCUCUAUCUUUUAUCGAUCAAAACGGUUCGCCGACAUUUUACAAGAUCAUCGACAAAGCGUGGAGGCUGCUUCUCCCGCCUCUCAUGACAGUGAUAUUGGUUACUAUUCUGAAAAAACGGAGUCUAGAGCGUCGUUUUCGACAGCGUCGUCGACGCCGUCUGGCCAGACCACCGGCCAAGACGACUAUCUAAAUGGUUUGUGGAACGACUUGUCUGACGAUGAUGAUGAUUCAGACGCAGAGCAGUCUAUCAACCCUCACAAACGACAAUUCUAUUGCUCCAUGCACAAAUCGCAAAGAAAUCCCAAUCUACUCAUAUUGGAAUUAGAAGUCUACAAUCGACUUGCUGAAGUGGCCUAUGACAAGUUUUUCUUUGGAUUGAAUACCCUGGUACACACUUUUGAGACCGCAAAGAAUAUCCAAGAUCUAUGCAGCUUGGCUGUACGCUACGUUCAACAUGUCACUUCUUAUGAAAGAGUCAUGAUGUACCAAUUCGAUGAAGAUUGGAAUGGCGUUGUAGUGGCUGAAACCCUGGCCAUGGAUAGCGAUGCUGAAUCGUAUAUGGGCAUUCACUUUCCACACACUGAUAUCCCCAAGCAAGCAAGAGACCUCUAUUUGCUUAACAAAUCUAGAUAUCUCUGCGAUCGAGGUGCUCUUACCAGCUCCUUAUUGCAAGCCAAUGGUAAAGGUUCGGCCAGCCGAUCUAAAGCCACACGCCCAUUGGACUUGACUUUCUGUCAUUUAAGAGCUAUGAGUCCAGUUCACUUAAUUUAUCUAAAGCAUAUGGGUGUAAAUUCGUCCAUGUCUUUAGCUGUUACUGUUUAUGGCCGACUUUGGGGUUUGAUAUGCUGUCACCAUAUGUUCGCAUUGCCCGUCACUUUCCAGGCGAGAACGGCAUGCUCUUAUCUCAUGCGACAGCUUGCUGAACAGUAUUGGACUGGCUCACGUAAUGCUUCACAAAAAGCACCGCCAGAGCCAACAGCGACGAAGGUGAAUGACUCUCCAGCUGAUACUAGUGUGGACUCACCAGAAGAUGAAUACUGUUCCUCAUGCGAUGAGCGCGACUAUUUUGACAAAUCCGUCGCUGAACGACUUGAAAACUUGCAUAUCGAUGUCAAUGCAGUCAAGAGACAGACAUCCCGUAGCUCGUCCGUUACUUCACAAAGAUCCGGCAAAUUUCGCCGAAGACCUGAUCACGACCGAAGAAGUACAGAAGAUUGGGCUAGAAUGUACGAGCGAUUUGUUCGAGUGGCUGGUCCCACAGUAUGCAAACUUUUCGGUGCAGACUAUAUGCUCUUUAUGAUUCAGGGUCGAUCUAUUGUUGUUCCCAAUCCAGCCCUUAUUCCCGAUCCGGAUGCAUUGACACGAUUUGUACAAUACCUUCAAUCCGUUCGACUUAAGAAGACCGUUGUCAGCAGCUGCAUUGCCAAAGAUUUUCAAGGCAUGGAAAGCACUAGAGCUCUCAGUGGUGCCAUUUACUUUCCACUAAGUGAUGAUGGCAUCGACUUCGCCGUCAUAUGUAGACAAGAACAAAUUAUGAACGUUACGUGGGCGGGCGAACCAAUGAAGUCGGGAGACACAAUGACCAUUCAAGCCUAUAAUGGACGCCAGAAUGACGUCCUCAUGCCCAGAACUAGUUUUCAAAAAUGGACUGAAACUAUCGAAGGCACAUCCUCCAGCUGGAGCACACACGUCAAUCCCGAGCUAUUGUUGACCACCUUGUCUGUGUUCCAAGAAUCGCUCAAGACAUGGAAGAAUCGCAUGCUUCGCAUUGAUGGUCGUGAGGCCCGUUAUAGAAACUCUCAAUUGGAGCAAGCUAAGCGUCUUGCCGAAGAAAGCGAUAAAAAGAAGAGUUUGCUGCUUGCAAACGUAUCCCACGAAGUACGAACUCCUUUACACGGUAUUUCUGGUGUCAUUAAUCUCUUGCUCGACACAGACCUCUCGAGUGAACAAUCGCAAAUGCUUCAAGAAGCCAACCAGGCUACUAAGACUCUUACUACUAUUAUCAAUGAUCUAUUGGAUUUUUCCAAACUUGAACGCGGCGAGGUUCACCUUGAAAAGGCUUCGUUCAACCUUGAGGAUGCUAUCAGCGAUGUUACUCAAUCGUAUGCUCCACGCUUCAAGGAAAAAAACCUUGGUUUCUUCGUCAAAUUUGAUCCUAGCCUUCCAAAAUGGGCUAUCGGCGAUGUUAUAAAGAUCAAACAAAUCUUGAGAAACUUUGUAAGUAAUGCGUGCAAGUACACGUCCAAAGGUGAAGUCUCUGUCAAUGUAUCCCUGAUUGAGGUCCAUGAGGAUGGAAAUAUCUCUGUUAAAGUUGGCGUCACCGAUACUGGUAUUGGUAUACCCAUUGACAGACAGCAACUUAUUUUUGAAAAAUUUGUGCAAGGCGACGAUUCGCUCAGCCGAAACAACGGCGGAAUUGGAUUGGCUGUCAGUCACACUUUGGCUCAUCUCAUGGGCGGUAAGGUUGGCCUAGUAUCUAAGCCAGAGAUCGGCAGUGAGUUUUACUUGGAGCUACCGUUGGAACCUGUGGAUCAGCACCCUGACAGCACCGUGGCGCCAACCAAUGGCUCGGAUACGAAGAACGUACGCCCACAGCUAGUGCCUACCAUCCCGAUUCCGCUCGCUCAAACUCUUCCAGCUCAUACCAAAGACGAACUAAUAGCGAAUUUCUCCUCACCAACAGAGGCUAUCUCUCCCUAUCCUGUGAUGAACGUUUCUGAAAUUGAGAGCAUUCUAGCUCAAUAUGAAGGCGCUCAUAGACCAUUUCGAGUACUCUGUGUGGAAGACAACAAGCUUAAUCAAGCAUUAAUAUGUCGAAUGAUGCAGAAACUUAAAUACGUUUAUGAAGUCGCCGACAACGGUCAAGAAGCCAUCGAUAUCUAUGUCCGUGCCAAUACUACAAAGUCGACGUUACAAAAGGAUUCGUUCGAUGUCAUCUUAAUGGAUUUACAAAUGCCUAUAUGCGAUGGAUUUGAAGCCACACGACAAAUUUUAGAAUACCAAAGGCAUACAUUUGGAGCCGCUGUUAUUGCUGCACCUAUCAUUGCCGUUACCGCUCAAGCUAUGAGUGGUGAUCGUGAAAUCUGUCUUAGUAAGGGAAUGAAAGGCUACGUGAGCAAGCCAAUUGAUUUCCAAGUACUACGGCAACUCUUGGAAGGCUUACGCUGCCAGAAACUAGUCGCUGAAACAGGAUCUCCCAGCCUUGAGAAAUAGUCACCAUUAUCAAGUCACUGUAUUCUUCCUUUCACUGUUCUAUGCAAUUAUCGCUCAAUACCUCUGUCUAACCCAACUGAAGUGUUAUCUACUCUUCUAAGAGUUUUCAUGUGUCAUGCACUCAAUAAUUUUCACGCCCCUCUAAAAUACUCUUUCAUUUGUUAAGACUAUCUUAUGAUAUAAAUGAUGCUUAAUCAACUCCUUCUUUAAUA